UGGCGCUCCGUGAAGUCACGCGAUCUGGCUACUCUUUUAAAAAGACGGCGGGAAUCGCUCGUUUUUUUCAGUUCUGUGGAAGCUAUCGUUCCUGUCUGACGUUCAUUCGCAAAAACAACGCGAUGGUGCGAACUAAAGCUGAUGGCGUUCCCGGCUCUUACAGGAAAGUCGUUGCCGCGUCUGCUACCCGGAAAACUCCCAGUGCCUCCGGAUCCGUGAACGCGCACAGCAGCGGCGCGCAGUCGGGCACGCCUGCUAAGAAUAAAUACAUGGGUGGGAACCCUGUGUGUCCGCGGCCCACGCCUCAGUGGCAGAAAGGCAUCGGUGACUUCUUCGGUGGUCCUGGUAGAAAACCAGAGAAGGAGAUCUUUCAUCCCACGUCUGAUGAUGAGGAGGAAGAGCAGGCGGGCGGCAGCGGCAUAGCUAAAGCCCCCAGGAAAUCCAGGCCCAUCAUUGAUGAAGAGGACGAUGAUUAGUUUUGAUCUGUUCAUGUUUUACUGACUCGUGGCCAUUUUUAGUGUAAAUCUUUGUAUAUACUUUUAAUAGGAUGUUUCGUUCAUCUUGUACAGGUUUAAUAAAGUGAUUUUUCAGCA